AUGACGCCUAUUAAGCAUAUUAUCAUUAUCGGGGCAGUACUUCGACACCAUGGGUAUCGAGUGACUAUACUUGAACAGGCCGCUGCUUUGUCAGAAGUCGGCGCCGGAAUCCAACUGGCUCCUAACGCUACUCGAAUUCUAAAGAAAUUCGGUCUGUUGGAUCCUAUAUUAGAAUACGCCAAUUUCCCCUCGGGAACCAUUGUGCGAAGAUAUGAUAAUGAUGAGGAAAUUGGGCCGCGUGGACACACGCUAUCGCAUUUAUCCCGGUUUCAAGCCCCGAUGCUAGUAAUUCAUAGAAGCGAUCUCCAGCGUGUGUUGGUCCAAACAGCACUUGAAGCUGAAGUGAACCUCCGAACUGGCGUCAAGGUUGAAAAUAUAGAUCCGCAUUUCGCUGCUGUUGUAACUUUGACUUCGGGGGAGAAGGUAGAAGGCGACGUCUUAGUGGGCGCAGAUGGUAUUAAAAGUCUCACCCGUGCGAAAAUGGCAUUAUUUUUCGGAAUCCAAGAUGAGAUUUGCCCAACUGGAGAUGCGGCGUACCGUGCUGCAAUCCCAAGAGCAAAGCUCGCUAGCCAUCCAAACCUGCUGCUAGAACUGGAUCAGCGCCUUAGCACCCGGUGGAUCGGACCACAUGGCCAUAUUAUGGCGUAUCCCAUUCGAGGCAACACACUGUAUAACGUCGUGAUGGUCCAUGCCAACAACGGUGGAUCAAACGACGAAAAAGGCUUAUGGACACGAAAAGGCCAAAUACAAGACCUGCUGUCAUUUUACAAAGACUGGAGCCCAACUGUCCUUCAUCUUGCAAGCUGCAUCGAACCCAACGAGCUUUUGGAAUGGCCGCUGAACGAGCGUCCAAAUCUCCCGACUUGGUCAAUCAACCGCACCUGCCUCCUGGGAGAUGCCUGCCAUCCAAUGUUGCCGUACGUAGCCCAAGGAGCAGCUCAGGCCAUCGAAGAUGCUGGAGUCCUCGGACUUUGUCUUUUUGCAGCGAAGGAUGUUGAUGGCGCAUUUUCGGUUUAUGAAUACGUGCGAAAGCAACGUGCAGAGGUCAUCCAGGGCUCUGCCACUACCGUACGGAAGAUUCUACACCUAGAAGACGGACCGGAGCAACAGGACCGAGAUGAUAGAAUGCGCGCUCCACGAGUAGCGGGCUGGAAACAUCCCGAUCUUUGGGCGGAUCCAGAGUUCCAGAACGCUGUCUGGGGUCACGAUGUUAUGACACAGGCUGAAAACUGUCUGGGCCGCGUUCGGCCUCUCGAGCAUCUUUGA